AUGGACCACGAUCACUUUAGUGCGUACCAAGACGCUUCCGAAGCGCAGUCCGUCUCCGCCUACGAGCCCGUAUCGUCACCGCUUCCGCCCGUGACCCUUCCCGCUUUCCCGAGCGCGUCGGUCUCUCCCGGAGCGUCCAAGUACCAUACCCGUAGGCAAUCGCAGCACCUGGGCCAUCAGCAGGGCUUACCGUCACCCUCGGGUUUGCCUUCGCCUCGUCCUGGGUCGAACUUCAGUGCUGGAACGGGUUCGGGUAGGGCUCAUCAGUCGGGCAUCAUGUCCAGUGACGCUGCGGCGCAACAAGGUGGCGAUGCCUCGUUGGAGGAGGUCAGUUCAUAUUUCAGUCCGGCACGUGUGGGAUGAAUAUGACCGCUGACUCGUCUGUACUCUGCCUGCCCCACUUGCACGCCUCCGUUCCGCCCGCGACAUGCCUCAACACCCCCUACCCUCGCAGGAGAUUGAGCGAUCGCGCCAAGAACGACUCAAGCGCCGCACGCACGCAUCCGAUCCAUCUGAUGGCGAAAUUUCCGAUCCUCGUGAUACCGCUUCAGCGCGCGAGAACAUCAUCGCCCUCGCCUCACGUGGGACCCAACCUUCAGCAGGCGCAAGUGGGGGAGCUUCCCUCACUUCCUUCAUGAGUGGUGCCGCCCGACCCCCACCUCGUCAUCGUAUCGGAACGGGCAUGACCGAGCAGGAAAAGGAAGAGACUGAACGACUCGAACGGGAGAUGGAAGCGACGAGGUCCAAGUGGAAGAAUGCGAAUACUGGAUCGACCCCUACCAGCGGUGCUCCGGCGGGCGUCAGUCUGGCGACGUUGAUGAAGGGGAACAAGGCUGACGAAUCGAGCGUCAAGGUCGGCGUCGCUUCUCGAUGGGGGCAGACGGUCGAAAAGGAAGGGAUGGGGACUAGGCCACUUGGUGCAACUGGUUUGCCUCAAAAGAAGGAAGCUGCGGCCAUGUCUCUGGCCGCGAUCAUGGGGUCCAAAGCGUCUGGACCGAGACUCAAUCAGCCUGCACCUCAGGCCGCCGGCGAAGAAGGACCGGCUCAUGCUCGUCGGGGGUUCGUAGGUGCUUACGCCUUGCCGGGAAUGGUUGCGGCCAACGGCCCUGGGAUGCGAGCUUCGGCCCCGUCGGAAAACGCGGACGACACCGGUUUCGCUCCUCGUCCCGAUGCCGCCAAAAGAUCGAGUGUGUUGGACCGUUGGAAUCGGGACACACCAAACGGCGAAGCGGCUUCAACCGCUCCACCACCGGCCAAGCAAACGAGCACACCUCUACCAAACACGAAUACGAGUGUGGCUUUGGGCCCUGCCGCACCGAGCCGAGGCUGGAGUGGUCCCCCUAUUGGCGUCAAAGACACUCCCUACGCCUCUCCAAAAUCUGCCCCCGUCCGACCGGAAAGAUCUACCGAGCCGAAGUACACGCGAGGUACCGCCUUUCCUAGUAUGAACGCCCCCACACCAGCUGCUGCUCCUACCGUGGAGUCUGCAGCGUCCAUCUCGAGACCUUCAAGUCCGACCUCGGUGCGCAACGUCGUCGCGCAGUGGGGUCACGCCUCCCAACCGAGCCAGACCGCGGCGGCAUUGGCUGCAUUGUCGAUCAAGGAGUCGUACGGCAUCAAGGUCGCCAGUCCUCGAACGUCGCCUAUGAUGUCGAUGUCCAAUCACACUUUACCAUCUACUCAAACUGAACGUGUGUCUCAGCCUGCCCCCACGGACUGUGCUCCGAGACCAGUUCCGACACUGGCUAGGAACGCAAGCCCGCCAGUUGCGCCGGCACCCAUGGCGAAGGGAAUGCCCCAGUUCUCGUCAUCAGCCGCUCCCCGAUCUUCACAGGAUAAAAUCAACUUAGUUGCCGCACCUUCAAAGUCGUCAACAGAGUCAAAAGCCGUACAAGCCGCCGUUGCGCUCGCUCUUAAUACCCCGUCGCCGACCCGAUUACCCCCCGGGAUUGCCGCCUCGACGGAUGUGUACUCUCUUCUGACGCAGGACCGCGACCCCAUCGAUCACAAUCACAUGUUCUACCGCACCGAGAUCCUCGCCAUCGUGCAUCGGCAAGUCUCACCCGACUCGACGACGGUCUUCAUCUGGAUUGGUGACGAGACGCCUCCGAUCGGUCAUCGAGUGGAGGGUCAGAUCAAUGAGAUCCUCAAGAGGGAGGGUGUGCACGAGGCGCAGCGCUUGAGGUAUAGGCAGGAAACGAAGGCUUUGGGAGAGGUAUUUGGUGAUCAGAUUACGAUCUGUAGGGUGAGUGAGGAACGGAAGAAUAGCUUCGAGAACAAUAGACCUGAUGGAUGUUUUGUUGACACAGGGGCUUCGGGACGACUUUGACCAUCUCGCUACUCGACUCUACUCUGUGCAAACCGUCGACGAGGUCGCUUUCAUCGAAGAGCAAGAUCUCGUAAGCGGACAAGUUCACACACGCGAUGCUGGGGUGUCAUCACUGACCUUGCUCUUCCUGUCCUGCUUUGAAGACAUCCCGAAGCAUCUGUUCCGGCCAUUGCACUGUCUUCUCGAUCGUUGGCGAGGUGUAUGCAUGGAUAGGCGUCGCCAGCAACGCUCAGGAGCAAGACGCUUGCUUUGAGUUUGCCGAAUCGAUCGCCGAUGGUCGUCAAGUCACGGUCCUACAACAAGGCAAGGAGACGGCCUACUUUUGGCACGGCCUCGACGGUCUCGAGAUCGCGUCGAGUUACUACUGGCGUUUCCGACCUUUACUCCCUCCCCCCGUCUCGGUCAUCGCAUUCGAAUCGACCAGUUCGAUCCGACGAAUCGAGCCGAUCGAUCUUCCCAAGAACCACGUCUCGCUCGUCGAUGGCGGUUUCGCAGAACAUUGGAUCGUCGUACCAGCGAUGUGUAAAGGUAAGAAGGCCGAGAUUGAAGUGGCAAUGGCUGCGGCGGAGGAUUUGGCGAGUAGGUGGAAGGAACGAGGUUUUGGGUUCAAGCAGGCUGUUCAUGUGAGUUGAUCGUAGCGUUGGAGAGCUAUGUUGGAUGUGGUGCUGACCCCUUGUGAGUUGCGGAUGACAGGUGCUUUGCGCUCCUUCGAAGCUGCCGAUCGACUUGCCUCACUUGGCCAGGCAGCUCGACUUCCAGAAGCUUGUAGGUUUACGUACCCACUCGACUUGUCAUAUCAUGAACUGACUGGAGUCAUCGGCGCCGCGUCAGAACGGAGACGAAAAGCCAACCAAGAUGAACGUCUUGACGCUCGAAGAGGCCCGUGCGCAAUUGCUGUAG